UUUGAAAAUUAUCAGAAAUAAUUAAUCAUAGACAGAAUAAAAAAUGUAUGUAAAUUUAAGUCGUCUCGAACAUUCAUUAUAAUAAUUGCAUACAAAUUUGAAUUCCUGAAAUGUGCUUAAAUGGGGUGUCAUCUUGUUUCGUUUAUUUUGUAAAAGAUAGUGGGGACGGGCCAUCGUUUAUAUAUAAAAAUCUAGAAAUGCAUGUCUCAUCACAACAUUACUGAUCAAAGUCUCUAGAUAACACCUAUCAUGGUCAGUGUUAACAUUUUGUGUUUAUUAGCGUUGCUCGUAUGUGCCACUGCUUUUCCAUACAAUGUUUACAGGAGGUCUCUGCCUCAAAAAACGAUCGGAGGUUACUAUGGUCAUCCUUUGUCGAGACGCUCAUACGAUCCCCCAACAAUGACCAUGUUUGCAGCUGAAGGUAAUGGUGACGCCGUUGCUACAAACUCCUUCAUUGGUGGCCAAUACGGAGCACCCACCCAGGAUGAAUACGCUUCUGCUGCACAGGAAGAUUAUCCCAUCCAAGCCAACCAACAGGACAGUUCCUUCGCUGUUCCUGAACAAACACCCAUCGAGACUCCUCAGGAGCAACCUAUCGACGAACAACAACUCCCAGUAGCUCAACAACCUUUCCAACCAUUCCAACCCCAAGAACCAGUAACCGAAGAAGCACCAACAGCCGAAGAUGAAGAGGAAGCAAUCGCACCCUCCACCGUCAAACCCAAGAAGACCGUAAGACGCAAACAAAAGCCAAAAACUGUAAUCGUUCAAGAAGACGAUGAUGAUGAUCAGAUUGCAUGGCCCUUCGGAGGACGCGGCUACAACGCUUUCUUCCCAAUUUCUUUCGGUCUGACCCGUUCGGGUGGAAGACAAAAUCAGGAUGAAGAUGGCAGUUACCUAGGCGGGUCCGCCACUGCGAUUGCCAACUCUUUCAGCACCGGUAAGGGAGGUGUUGCAUCCAGUCACGCCACCGCUUUCGGAGAUCCGGCUUCUAGCCAGCACUUUUUGAGGAAGAACUUGAAGACAAACAAAAACUUAGUUAAUCGCCAUGAAUAGACCUAUUAAAUUAAAUGUUUAUAUUUAUUAAUAAGAAAAUAAAAUCUUUAUUAUAAACAGCAGUAUAUUUUACACCCGACCCGAUAAAAAUUUAAUUAUGGAAGAGUUUAUUUUAUAGUAUAUUA